CUUGUCUGAACAAUCCCCACCAAGUCCCUUCUGCCAUCUAAUCACCAUGUCAGAUUCUCCAGUUACUUCCCAAGACCCAGUCCCAGUACUCGAUCGUCACUCCAAAGAAAACAGAUGGUACUACAAAGAAAUCAACGACCAAGUCCAACCCAUUUCCCGCAAACUCCUCGAAGAAUACAGCCACAUCCCAGCUAACGAAAUCGAUGCUCACAUCUACAAAAUGCGAGACAUCCUCUGGUCCCACGCCCCCUACCCUUGCGUAGGCGAAUUCAAGUUCCUCGACCUUCGUCUCCCAAAACAUCCUCUGUACACCCAAAUCCUAACCACGCUCCGCAAGCCCUCCUCCCCAAUCCUCGACAUGGGGUGCUGCGUAGCCUCAGAUCUUCGUUCCCUUGCCCACAACGGGAUUCCCUCCACCCAACUCUUCGGGACUGAUAUAAUUUCCUCCUAUCUCACCACUUCAUAUUCUGUAUUUAAGGACACGGACACCUUCCACGGGACUCUAGUACCAGCUAACAUUUUCUCGCCUUCUUUGUUCUCAGACGAGUUCGCGGGAUGGGAGGGAAGGUUCUCUAUCAUCCACGCGGGACUAUUCCUGCAUCUCUUCAAUUGGGAGCAACAACUAACCGUGUGUGAAAUUAUCGCCAAGUUAUUGAAAGAGGAAGAGGGAGCAAUUCUAGUUGGCGAAAUGGUCGGAUGUCAAGGUGGAGGAUUGAGAGGCGGGCCAGCGAAUACCGAUUUCUGGAAGAAGGAGAGGCGGCAUUGGCAAUAUUUGCAUGACGAAGAGAGUUUUGCGAGACUUUGGGGAGAGGUAGAGGGAAGGACUGGGACAGAGGGGAUGUGGAAGGUUGAUAGUAAGUUUGUGGUAAGGAGGCAGGAGAAGGGUGGGGAUGGGAGUAAGAGUUGUGCUUUUUUUGAGGGAGAAGGGAUCGGGUGGUUUACGUUUAGUGUUGCGAGGGUCAUGGGUUCUUGAAUAGUGUGUUCAAAAAGGACAUUUAAUGGUUAGGAUUUGUGGCAAGAGUGUAUUUCAGAGUGAGACAAAUAAGUCUCGGCGUUUGGUCAUGAGAUGUAAUAAGAGCUGAGAUAAGCCGAGUAUAAGACGAGAGGGCAUCUCAAGGAUCAACUUAAAGUUGCAUAACGUAACUUUAGUGCUUCACUGUCCAUGUUUAUGAAGCACGAGGAAGACUAAAAUACUCUUAAG